AGCUUUAGAGGCAACAUCAGAGGUCAUUCAUAAAACUUACUACACUACCUGCUCAUAGGCUUCAGCGUACUGGUUGAACGUCUGUCCAGGAUUUUUGUUUGCUGCUCAGUCUGAGGUUUAAACAUGUGGGCAGAAGAUGAUUUGUAUCCAGGUGUGCCGUGUCUCCAAAGCACUACAGAGCCUGUGAAUGGUAAUGUAUACCGAAUGUAUCAUGGGACCACUGCAAGAGCAGCAGAACAGAUCAAAAUCCAUGGCUUUCGGCCAUCUGCAGAUGGCAUGCUGGGACGUGGUGUCUAUCUCAGUCGAGAUCUUAACAAGGCCAGCAGAUACCCACUUGAUAAGCCGCGUGAGAGAGUUGUUAUCAGAGUGAUGGUCAAUGUUGGGAGAGUGAAAAAGAUUGACUAUCAAGGACAUCCACUGCAGAAAACCUGGCAUGAUCAUGGGUACGACACUGCCUGGGUUCCUCCAAACUGUGGCAUGGUGCCAAGUGGUCUUGAAGAAGACUGUGUUUGGGAUCCAAAACAAAUUACUUUCAUUGACAUAAUUCCACCAAGCCUUCAAAAUAAAGAUGAUCCAUUGGAAUAUCCAGUGGAUGAUAAAGAGUACACAAUGUUUUAUGGCACUACUAAGGAAGAUGCAGAAAAAAUCAAAGCUUAUGGUUUUUGUCAGUCUGAUGGCACACUUGGGUAUGGAGUCUACCUCAGUCGAGAUGUAGAAAAGGCCUCUAAAAACCUUGGGCAUGUGCCUAAACAGCAGAAAAGUGUUCUGAGAGUGAAAGUUAAUGUUGGAAAAGUGCUAAAGAUUGAUUAUCUAGGUCACCCAAUGCAAAAAAUGUGGCAUGAUUGCAGGUACGACACUGCCUGGAUCCCUGGUUAUGAGGAAUACUGUGUUUGGAAUCCGAAAGCAAUCAAAGUCAUUGAUGUAAUUCGUCCAAUUUAAGGAGUGUGUGUUUUUUUAUCAUGAGCAAUGAAAAUCUUAAAACAUGUUAUCUUAAAAUACAAUGUGUUAUUGAGAAUUUGAUCAUUAUACUGCACUCUGCUGACUAUGUCUUGCAACAAUUUCUGAGGUUGAAGCUAGAGAAAUGAAAUCAUUAAAAAUUGGCCUACUAUAAACAUUUGCCUGUCUGUCAUAUAUACAUACCCUUUUUGCUGACACUAUUUGUUAAUUCAUUGUUAAAAACAAGCUUUUUUGUUUGAUUUUAUAGUCUUUUAGGCACUUGCAAUGUCACUAGACUGUAAAAAUAAACAUUAAAAAAAUCUGAUUUUCCAUUUCUUUUAAUAUUGUUUGUUGUGAGUUUAGAUAUUCUUAUCUUUUUGUUGGUAUUUAUCCAAAUUAUUCACUUGUGAUCUCUG